CAUUACCAUUACUCGUUUCAACUGGACCCAAAGCAUCAACAUCUAUAAGUCCUGCAACCCGCCUGUGAGUCGGCAGCACGAAUUCCUUUUCGCGUGUUUCUCCUUCCAGUAGAUUUCCACGUUCACCACAACGCUCAAUUAGUUGGUCCCAGAUAGGAUUUGAGCUGGUUACACGACGUCGCCGAGUUCGCAGGGGGUGCACAAAGGCGCUUGCAAGCAGCAGUCGCAUUAACUGCGAGUAGCCUGCGACCCUUCUGGCGUUUUAGUCUAGCAAGCAUGAAAAGCAUGGCGUUGCAGCCCGGCUGCAGCGUGCGCUUCCGGGGCGUGCCGGUUCUCGCGCCCCGCUCUGGAAUUGCCUCGCGUCCACGGAGCGGAAUCGCGACUCGCCAGGGCGCCAGUGCACCCACUCAAGACUUGGAGGAAACGGAAGCAGCCAUGAAGGCGGCAAAGGACCGGGCUGCCUCCUCGUCCUCUCGGGCAAAGUCGCCCGUCGCUUCGGAGCUGAAAGGGGAAGCGGAAGACCUGAAGGCGAAGUUUCUAAAGAUCCAGGCUGAGGUGUCGUCCUACAAGGCGCUUUCAGUGGUGAACCAGAAGCUCGAGGACGAGCUGACGCGCCUUCGCGAGGAGAACGAGGCCCAGGCGGCCAAGCUGGCGGCUCAGCAGGGCGAGGUGGCGGCAGCGGUGGCGGCGGCGCAGGUGGAGGCGGUGGCGCCGCUGCAGCAGCAGUUGGAGGAGCUGUCACAGCAGCUGCAGAAUUCGCAGGUCCAGCUGGAGCGACUGGGCGAGGCGGUGGAGGCGGCGGAGGCGGACAAGGCGGCGGCGGUGAAGCAGCUGCAGGAUGAGAACGCGCAGCUGCUGGCCGCACUGGCGGGCGCCGCCAGCCGCCUGGCGGAGCUGGUGUACCCGGCAGGCACGCUGCCUGCGGGCCUGUCCGUCACCACCCGCCUGGAGGGCAGCUUCAGCCUCGAGAAGGCGCUGGCUACAGCCGCAGCUGCUGCUACAGCCCCGGCUGCAGCCCCGGCUGUCGCUGCUGCGGAGCCGGUGGUCAAGGAGGCGGCGGCGGCGGCGGUGCCGGCGGGGCCGCAGCCGCUGUGGCGGCGGCCGGCCGGGUUCCUGGGCUGGCUGAUUGGGGUGGUGGCGUUCUGGGUGUACCAGGUGCUGGGCGCGCUGCUGCUGUACUACGCCGCCGCCAUCCUGCGCGGCGCGCCGCCCGCCCUCAACCUGGAGUUCGGGCUGGGCUGCCUGGUGGUGUGCACGUUGCUGCCGCUGGCGAACCGCCUGCUUGUCGUGCCGCGGGCCGCGUAAUGCGAUUGUGGUUGUGAUCGUGGAGUGGGUUGGCGCCCGGGUGGCACUGGCGGUGGGUGUGGGUUAGAGGCGAGACUGAGUUUUGUGUGAUUUAUCCCAACGACUGGGGCCCAUGGGUGGUUGCAGAAGCUGGGGUGGCCGUGGACGUGCUCUCGCCAAUAAUCAUGGACGGGCUUAGUGGAGGCGGUGGGGGCGGGGCUGGCGCGCGGGCGGGUCGUGUGAGCGGGCACCGACAGAGGAGGGCAUGAGGGCCAGGAGCAGUGCAAAGCAUGACCGUGCAUCUGACAGUUGCUGGGCCGUGUUCGCUUGUGUGCGUGUGUGGUGGACAUGCUUGGUACUGUUCUGGUGCGGGACCGUGAUGAGCGUGUUCGAACAACUACAGAGGCAGGAAGGUUUGGGCAAGCAGCAUAGCCGCAUAGGGCGAUAGGAGUUGGUAGUGCAUGGACGCCCGUGUUUUGGGUAGCGCGACGCCAUGAACUAAAGGAAGGCCACGAAAGGUGGCUCUAGCUCUUCAUGACGCAAGCGCUGGUUCGGGACGUCGCAACUGAUUGUUCGUGUGCGAUUCUCAUACUGUGCACCGCACACGUGAAGCUCGGAGUAGCGAGGGAUGAAAUGUUGUUGUCUGGAGAUGAUGACUUGCUGCUUGGGUAUCAAGCAAAGGCAGUGACGGCGAGGCGAGGGGGUGCAUGGGAGCACGAAGGGGAGGGAAGGGGACCGCGCGUGAUUUGGGCGGGGUUAACUGCGCGCGUGCAUCGACAUGAUUGAGCUUAAGCAACAGUGCUCCGCAGUAAUCAAUACAC